GGGAUCAAGCUCACUGGAAAGCAAACGAAGUCGUGCUUUGCCCUGUGCCCCAGAUCUUUCUCGCCAGCCUACAAUCAACCAACUAAAAGAAAAAAAAAAAGGGGGGGGGGGUAAAUGACAGCCCCAAACGUAUGGGAAGUGUUUAUUCACUUGCGUCAGUGAAGGGAGUCCCCUAAAUAAACCUUGGAGUCUUCGCUUGAUUUUUUUUGUUUGUUUUCUGUUGCAGGGCUAAGCAACUGCAGGAAAAUGAACUGGAGGCUGCAUUUUAGAGUCUCUGCAGGAAGGCAUCUGUUUCUUUCGGCAAAUUUUCAGAUAUUAGUAGUAGUGUCUUCUCUGAAUGGCAGUGGAUCUUCAAUGUCUCAAGUAAACAGAGGUCUUUCCCAACACUUCUUAUCAAGUAUUCUUGGACUGAAGCUGUUUGGGACCGAAUGUGUGACUUUGGAUGAAAAUCAUGCAUUCUGCCCACAAACUGGUUUUGUUUUCCAGCUAUCUCCCAAGCUCUUAUACAUUGCUGUAGAAUAUUUGAUGCAGAAAUCGUUGGAUAUGUACUCAGCAUCAUCUUUACAGAAGCUCUCCUGAUUCUACAUCUUGCAAAAAUUUAGUUUCAUUGAGAUCUGUCUUCCAUCCUCCAAAUAGAUGUUUUUUGCUGCAAAGGCCUCCAGAAACCAACAUAGAAAAGCUGACAAGUGUAUCUGGAGAGAGGAUCCAAAGAAUCAGACUUUUUUCUUUAUCCAGUGCUCCAAUGGUGUUCUUUGGAGCUGGAGGAGGCAAAAAUAAUGGCCCAAAACUGAAGUUCACCCUCAAGGAUGUGGCAGAAUUAAUUCAAAAGAAAAAAUGCAAAAGGAUAGUAGUGAUGGCUGGAGCAGGUCUGAGCACUCCCAGUGGCAUCCCAGAUUUCAGGUCCCCUAAGAGUGGCCUUUAUGAUAACCUCCAGCAGUAUAACAUUCCAUAUCCAGAAGCCAUCUUUGAACUUAGUUAUUUCUUCCAGAACCCGAAACCUUUCUACAUGUUGGCCAAGGAGUUGUACCCUGGCAAUUACAGGCCCAACUAUAUCCACUACUUCCUCCGACUUCUGCUUGACAAAGGGCUUCUCCUGCGUCUGUACACACAGAACAUUGAUGGCCUGGAGAGAGUUGCUGGGAUACCUGCAGAUAAACUAGUUGAAGCUCAUGGUACAUUUGCUUCUGCAACUUGUACAGUAUGUCGAAGAUCAUACCCUGGUGAGGACUUUAGGGCAGAUGUGAUGGCUGACAAGAUCCCCCAAUGCCCUGUAUGCACUGGAAUCAUCAAGCCUGACAUUGUAUUCUUCGGAGAAGAGCUCCCCCACCGGUUCUUCUUGCAUGUGACAGAUUUCCCUAUGGCAGACCUUCUCUUUGUCAUUGGAACUUCCCUUGAGGUGCAGCCUUUUGCCAGUUUGGCAGGUGCAGUACGCAGCUCUGUUCCACGCUUACUGAUCAAUCGGGACUUGGUGGGGCCAUUUGCAUAUGAUCCACAGUCCAACGAUGUAUCUGAACUGGGAGAUGUUGUUAGUGGAGUAGAGAAGGUGGUGGCUCUUUUGGGCUGGAAGGAGGAAUUGCAGGAACUAAUCCAGAAAGAAGCUGAAAAGCUGGAUACAAAAGACAAAUAGGAAUUCUGGCCACUACUGCUGGAAACAUAUAUCUCCUAAAAAGCAACUCUCAGCCCAGUCAAAUAUUGCUAUUAUGCAAGGAGAGACCUGGAAAUAAAGAUGUCCAUUCAGGUAUCACAUAAGCAACCACUAGAAGAAAUAAUAUUUGGAGCACUUCUGAAUUUCUUUCAAACAUCAGAGACAGUACAUGUUCUGAAGACUUAGGGAAUGGCAAUCAAAUGACAGGCCAUGAACUGACUUUUGGAUAGAUACUCCAGAGAGAUGGAGAUGUUUGGCACAGCUGCUACCUCCCAUGAUAGGGUCAUCUUUUUAGUCUUUAUGGUGUUUCACCAGCAGCCUAUUGGAGUAAGGUCUUGUUCCUCAUUUGUGACAAAUCCAACAUCCCCCCCCCCACCACUAAUUGUUAAAUUAGGUCAAAUAGCAGCCCUCAUCAAAAGUAAAUCUGGAAGUCUGUAGUAGAGUUCUACUAGGUUUGCUACAAAGAUCUGCUUGCAAGCAGAGAUUUGUAAAAGGAUGUGAUUUUUCAGCAUAUCAUUGAUAGAAAAUAGGAUGAUGGUGUGAUGUCUGUCUGUGUAGCCUUGUGUCUAGAAACAAAUUACAGCACUAUGAGUGUAUCAGUGCUGCUGUUUUAAUAUGAGUUAACAUUUACCCAGCAACAUUAUUACUGUAAUCAAAAUAAAAGCACCUUUCAUGA